CCCACUUUAUCAGGAAGAAGAAAACCGCUAUGUAGCCAAACUGCUUAGGAGAAACGAGCAACGUUUUAGCGACUGUAGUAUUUUUAUUAAAGAAAAAUUAAAGCGUCGGGGCGAUAUAGUAUAAACUCGAUUUGAAUAUGAAAGUGAGAUAACUAGCGUGUAUUUGUUGUUAAGAGCAGAAAUGGAGAAGCAGUCGCGUCUGUUGUGUUCUGAGCUGUGCGUUCAGCGCAGACCGUAUGAGGUUACGUUAAACUGCGCGAUUCUCGCGUGGAAAGACAGACAAAUCGCCAAAAAACACACCGGACGCGCCAUAUAUGGAGCUGUCAAAGCGGGUAGUCACUGCGUCCCGGUGUGCGAGAUUAUAGCCGUUCAGGAAAAGGAAGAUGACUCUCCUUGCAAAGACACUGGAAAAUGGCAGAAGGUCCCUCAGAGCCCAGCAGACUCCUGCCAGCACGCUUUCACAGUGUACUAUGUAGAGAGGACGAGGCAGCGCUGCUGGCGGUGCAGCAACGUGACUUUCCACUGCUCUGAACAUUCCCUGUGUCUGCUCUGGGUCCAAACUAUAAGGGAACAACUUGCACUGCUGAGUAUCCAAUCGACCGAAGAGCUUGCUAGUGUACAUCAACCCCUACGGAGGAAAACAACGUGGGAAGCAGAUUUACGACCACAAAGUGGCCCCCAUCUUUUCCCGGGCUUCCAUUUCCACCGACGUGAUUGGUCCCAUUCAUUUUCAGCACAUCCCUCCGAGCUACGGCUUUACAUCAGCGCUGAUGGUAAAGAACCGGUAAUGAAAUGUACCGGGGAUUGUUUUUCACCACACUUCAGUUCUAUUUGAUGGUUGAUUGAUGGUUCCCACUGCUUCGCGCAGAAAAUGCAAUUUAACUGCCAGAUGAACAUAAUGAUGUUUCUUCCCCCCUCUGCUCAGCCUCGCAUGCUGCCUGAUAACAUUUUUUCUUUUGUUUCCUAUAGUUACGAGCGCAUAAACUGCGCCAGAGACCACUUGAAGACAGAGGCUGAUCUGAAGAAGUAUGAUGGGUGAGUGGUUUGUUGUGACUGGUCUACCAUGUACAGUAAAAUGAUGUUUGGAUUAUGCAUGGCCUCGUCUUCCCGUGAUGCAUAAGAAGCAGGCGGUGUGGAUGAGAACUCCGUGGAGGACCUUCUUGCGCCGCGGUGGGGUUCAAAGAUCGGCAUCAUUCCUGCGGGUUCGACCGACUGUAUAUGCUACGCCACAGUUGGCUCAAAUGACCCCGUCACCUCAGCACUGCAUAUCAUCGUGGGUGAUUCUCAGCCAAUGGACCUCUGCUCGGUGCACAACGAAGACGGCUUCCUGCGCUACUCUGUCUCACUGCUGGGUUACGGGUUCUACGGAGAUGUGUUGACCGACAGCGAGAGGAAGCGCUGGAUGGGCCCUGCCCGUUAUGAUAUCUCAGGUGUUAAAACAUUUUUGUCACACCGCUACUAUGAGGGAACGGUGUCUUUCUUACCUGCUGAAGGGAACUUGGGAACUCCUAGAGACAAAAUGCAGUGCCGAACUGGAUGUAGUGUCUGUCGGCAAUCCUCUUCUGACAAGCUGGUCAGCAAAAAUGAAGACAGCGUUUCCGAUGCUGAGUGUCAGGACACUUGGACCGUCAUCAGGGGAAAGUUCUUGGCCAUCAAUGCCGCCAGCAUGAGUUGCGCGUGUCCUCGAACUCCUAAAGGCCUGUCGCCGUCGGCGCACUUAGCAGAUGGAACAACUGACCUCAUCCUCGUCAGGAAGUGCUCCCGACUCGACUUCCUGCGCCACCUGCUGCGCCACACCAAUAAGGACGACCAGUUUGAUCAUUCAUUUGUGGAGGUGUACCGGGUUAGGCGGUUCCGAUUCGCCCCCAGAUAUCAGGAGUGUGAUUCUGAAGUGGACCUGAGAGAAAGCGGAGCGACGGGCAAGCGAUUUCUGAGUCAGAUCUGCAGGGAGCACAGAGCCUGUGGCUGCAUGCCGUCCCAGAGCAACUGGAAUUGCGACGGCGAGAUCCUCCCACACACUGCCAUUCAAGUCCGGGUCCACUGCCAGUUAAUCAAGCUGUUUGCGAGAGGCAUCGAAGAGCAGCCUGUGUUUGAGGACCCGUACGCUCACUGUGCAAUAUAGAUCUCUACUCCACUUAAAAAAAAAAAAAAAAAUCCAGCUGGAUCAUUAAGGAUUGAGAUUCUCCGAAUGGAAGAGUCACCUUCAGCUCAGCACACCGUCGUGCUGUUUCUUAUAUAACCCUCGUGAAGAUGCGUUGAAAACGCGAAGCUGGAGUCAACCGCAUUUAUGUAGGCUGCGUUAGAGUUGUGUAAGAUAGGAUCAGCUGUUUCGGCUAGGCAUUAGCAUUGCUGAUUUUUCAUUGCAAGUCCUUGAAGUUGCUGGCGGUAUCUCUUGCUUGCAACUUCCAGUUGUCGGCGUUUGUCUUCCACCACGAUCAAGCUGGUCUUGAGAGUAGCGUUAAUUGAAUUCCAAAGUCAGAUUCCUGGAACUGUGAAAACUCUGGCGUGUUGAUGAAAACAUUCCUCUUGGCUGCACCUUCACUGUUUUUUUUUUUUGUAAAGCACAUGAGGUGGUCACCUGAUGAAGUUAUCGGUAUCCAAAAAAGUUUGUGGGUUAAGUAGGUCGUUCAAAAAUUGAAGCUUGUUAACAAAUUUGAGUUAAAUUCUUCUGUUAAACAUAAAAGUUAUAUAUUUUGAAGGAUGUUGGUAACCGAACAGUAGCUGGUUGCCAUUGAUUUCCGUAGUGUGUGGGAAAAAUACGAUAAAAGUCACUUCCUCAACUAUUCCUUUAAAAAGGUAGCAUGAAAAAAGUAACGUAUGGCAUAUAGACAGUGAAGCCUGCAUUGAGUAACAUUUACACGUGAGCUGUACAUAUUAUGCAAAUGGCACUUCAGAUCAGUGUAAAUCCUGUAAAAACGUACCCCUUUGACCAAUUCUAAUGUAUCAUUUCCCACUCUUAUCACGGUCGGUUUUGUUUUCCCGACAUUUCGCGCAUGGAAAUGCAGUAUUAGUGAGCUAGACGCUGACAGCUACACGGUGUCACUGCAGGGUCAGUGUACGUACGGCUGUUCAUCAGGCGGAAUGUAAAUACUGUAGCGUUCUUUUCUGUGUCGUCUUCUUUGGCGGCACCCCCCGAGAAUAUUUCCUCCCUUUUAUAAUGAAUUUUUGCGUUUGCGUUUCUUAUGCUGAUGUCUUAUUUCUCACGAAAGCUCUUAUUGUUCCUGCGGUAUCGAAGAAUGAAGGAGUUUAUGAUAGACAGAGAAAUUGCAUAUCGCUUGUUGUGCAUGUCAGCUGCUUUAAUAUGCAAUUUUUAAAAUGUUUCUUUGAGCUGUGCUUGUUAUUGAGGGCGUGGAUUUCCCAUGAUGCAUCUGAAGAAGCAACACAACUUCUGGAGCCGUUACAGGGAAAACAUUGUUUGUGUCUUUCAGAGACUGAAAGAUUGCAGGGAAGCUCAUUUUUACCACAUAAAAAAAAUGCUUUGGUAAAUUAUAAUUAUGUCAUAAUUGGGUCAUUAGCUGUUAUUAAAAACUGAAAUAAAAAAAUUAAAAUGCAAAAAUAAAUACAUUUAAGUAAAUUAAAAAUAAAGUUAAAUAUAAAUAUUAAAAAUACUGAUAAAAUUGCUAGAAAUUGAGUUUUUCCGAUCAUAGUUUAGGUUUAUUUAAUUUAAUUUUUUUUUUUAUUUCAUAGUAUUGACUUAUCAUAUUUUGUUAUAGUGUCAUAAUUUUUAUUUACCAAAGAUUUGUAUUUUUAUUUUUUUUUUUUUUUGUGGAAGUGGGCUUCACGUGAUUGUCAUAGAAGAAAUUCCCAACAUUCCACCCAGAAAAAUAAAAAAAUAAAAUUAAGAAAUUAUAUUUUUCAACCUCUACGAAACCCUUUUUGAAAUUUCACUGAGUGAUGUAUUUUUGCAUUGCGUCGUGACGUUACUUUCGCGACUGAAAAGCACAUUUUCUUUUAGUCAAAUAUUACUGUAGUCAAAUAUGACCAGGAUAUUCCUUGACACUUUAUGUUAACCAACCAUGUACACUAAGGACCGUGGAAAGAUGUCCUGAUAUGCGACCAGGCAAUUCAAAUGUCAAAAGAACCUCUGCUGUUUAUGAAUUAUGUACUGUGGCUUGCUAUUCUUCUGUGUGUAGCAGUAUUUGUGUGUGUGUAGCAUUAGCAAUGUCAAAUCUUGUGCAUCUGACACGGUUCUGCUAUUGUUGGUAGCCUGCUUCAGAUCUAAUCAAACUCAAUACAUGCUGUGUACGCACACCAACUUUCCCUACUGAUCCAAAGAUACCAUUCACAGCCCAUUUUACUUGAAUGUGGCCACGGUUUUCACUUUCGUGCUGCCCCGGUGGCUGCUGAUCGUUUAUGGCUCACGACAGGUGACUGUAUAAUGUACUACAAUGGUUGUCCAUUGGGUUUGUAUGUUUUCAGCUGAAGUUAAACAGACUUUCUCAGUAGGGUGUCACCUUAUGCAGUCAAGCACUUGUCAAGACUCGAUAUUGAAGUCAUCUUGCGGGAAUCAAGACGACGUGUAAGACCUGAUGUUUAUUUUGAUGUGAAAUGCGAAGAAAAUCCAUAAAUAAAGUUUACUGAACAAUC